AUGCCACAGGAUGGUGUCGAUCUCUCUUCAGCGCCGGCCAGAUGUGAGCAGCGUCCCUUUGUCUUUAACCCUGCUGCGCCAGUCUUUGACCCAGGAGCUCCAAACCUUCAGACAAUGUCUGAAGACAUACAGGAACUACACCAGCACUGGCUCAGGACGGCCUUUAGUUGGGACAAUGAAAUUGCAUCUACUGGAGUGAAGACGUGGUUCGUCGAUCACCACAAUCAAUUCUAUUGGAUGUGUCAACUUCCAAGAUCCACUCACCUCUACGAAGAUUUUUCCCAGUGGGAAGCUCAACUUAGGCACAUUUGGCGAGAUCUUGUGGAUCCCACUGCAGAGUUGACGUUUCAAGUGGUGACGCCCACGCCUGUCAACACGGAUGCAGAGACAGCCGCACAUGUCAUUCUGAUUCAACGGCCACAUGCUGUUUUUGCCACCAUCUUGACGACUGUCAUUGAUCGAAGCCAGCCACCAGGGAGCGUCAUCAUGCAACUUGCCAUUACGGUACAUGAACAUUUGUAUCUUGAACAUCUGCUGAUGGCGCUUGGACUUGCUGGACGCUGUCUCCAUCCGGGAGCCCCGAUGCAAUGUCAGACAUGGUAUGAUCGUAUGCAACUACGUCAAGGAGCGCCAUUCCCGGCACGUAACGGACAGAGCAUACUGAUCUUCAUGGACCGCCGACCUACAUAUCAACACACACGGGCCGCGACCUCGUUGCUACAGACAAGGGCCACUCUCAACCGUCGUGAGCGCCAAACACAUGGGCAGGUGGCUCACACCCAUGGGCCACGACAGGACGACUCCGUUGAAGACAUCCCCUUGCCAAGGAGUGAUGAGGCCGAGACCGUGGAAGACACAGAGAUCAUCUUUAUUCAUUGGCCACCGCAAUAUCAGCGAUCAGUUCCACUACCAGCCUUCAUUGAGGCGCCACGCUGUGGGACUGACCAACAAAUUCUGCAAGAGUUGCGAUGUUGGGGAUAUGAAGGACAGGUCAUCAGAUGUGGACAACAUGAUGCGGUCUACUUCUGUCCGAAGGAUGCAUCUCCAGAGAUCGUACACAUCUAUUGCAAUCAAGAGGUCAAGGAAAAAGAUGGCAUCCAUGUAGUGUCAGGAGCACCAGCACAAGAUGACUUGGUGCAUAUGAAGUUCCUCUAUGCCAAAGGAUUUCACAAAGCAGUGAUUGUUCAACGAGACACUGUCCUGCCUUCUGUGACUAUCCUCUACUUCAGGAAUGUUGAACCGCAACAUGAGGACAAUGAUCGACCAAAAAGAGAACCAACACCAUGGCCACAGCCACAACCUCUUCAGUACAACAUUACCAAGCCCUACAUCAAAGGCAGUGAAUCUGCACGGCAGUCAGACUAUGUGCUUGCGUUUGACAGGGAGGAAUUGCAUGCCUUCUUCAAUGCACCACCGAUUGCACUGGUCACAGACAUUACGCCCUAUGAUGUUCCUGACUUCAUUUGUGAGGCCAUUGCAAGGUGUAAGCCUUUGGAUCGACGUGACCGCCUUGUCAUAUAUACAGAUGGAUCCUCGCAAAGCAGACGUAGACACUGUUCGCCCAUCUGGACCGAUCUACAUGAUGUCAGCGACUCUUGGUGCUUUGCUGUCUUUGCGGAGCAGUAUGCAGAUGAUGGUCCAGGACAUAGCCCUUAUCUUGAGUUCAUUGGCUUGACUUGUCAGCAGAUCUUGUACGAACCUGACAGACCUCAUCAUGCUGGGACAGAUCACAUCGGUUCCGAUGCGGCAGAAACAGAAGCCCUCCUAUGGAGCGCACUCUGGCGCCUUGCGCAAAAUCAUCGUCUGCCGACGGUCUUUGUCUCUGAUUCCCAACUUGUGGGAGGACAAGCCAUAGGCAAGACAGGCACGACGAUGUUGACAAAGCCCUUCUGCCACCUCAGAGCUGCGUUCCAGGCGCUGGAGGCAAUGCUGCCAGGGGAACAGUUGAAAGUGGUUCACACACGCAGCCAUGCCGGGGAGCCCUACAACGAGCUGGUCGAUCAUUUUGCGAAAAGAGAGGCCAAGCAAAGCCUGUAUUUGCCUCGGCAAUCAGUCAAUCUCAGGACCUUUGACCGCAUCCUGUCAAUCUUAUGGAUGAUUUUGUCCCAGGAUGGCGAUGUGCCAAAGCAAUGUGCAGAGGGGUUGGCAAUCACACCGCCACAGCUCCCUUCAGAGCAACCGACGCCAUCGGCAUCCCCUACUAUCAUGACAGGAGCUGAACAUCACAAGAUCCAUAUUGCGCUCAGCUUUGCUACGGCAAAUGUCCGAACCUUUUACAAAGGAGAUGAAGGAGUGCCUGGCAAGCUUCACUAUGUCAGGGCACAGCUCAAGCAUUUGCAUCUUCACUUCUUGGGCCUUCAAGAAACCCGCACAUCGCGAUGCUCCUCUACUGCUGAUGGUGUCUACCGGUUAGCCAGCGGGGACCACCAAGGCCCACAAGGAGUUGAACUAUGGAUCAACAUGGAGCAACCCUAUGGCUGGCGGAAUGGUAAAGCUCUGUACUUCAAAGUGUCACACUUUGUGGUGACAUACACUGACCCUCGCUUCAUCGUCGUCCAUGUGCGCAAUGAACAACUCGACUUUUGGAUAGCAGUCGUGUAUGCACCGCAAAGUGGAAUUGCCUUGACCGAACGGACUGAGUGGUGGGCCCGAUUCACAGAACAGCUCAAGGCUGAAACAGAAGGCCAUGAUUUGGUUCUCAUGAUUGACGCCAAUGCAGCCACUGGAGCCACAGAUGGGGAGCAUGUCUUCAUUCAGGAUGACAAAGUGAACAAGCGACAUGGACGUGCCCCGCCACCGAUAUUGGGCAUCGCAUUGACUAUGUCGCAUUGCCUAUUACCUGGCAGUCCUCGUGCACCAUAUCAAGAACGAUACCUGAACUUGAUUUUGGACACGUUGGAGAUCAUACAGCAGUUGGAGUCGAAGUUCAAUGGCGACAAUUUUCCGCCCCCACACAUCGACAGGGACGACGAGGCGUACAAUUUGAUCGCCAAGCCAUUGCGGGUCAAUCAUUACAUUUGUACCUCGCAGACUAUGUCCCCCUCGAUUGGCAGGCUGAUAUUGAGAAUCAGGUACAUCAUUGCAAUGCACAUCUACAUCAGGUUCUACGCAAACAUUGCCCCAAGCAAGGGCAUAGACCAAAGAAGCAGUUUAUCACAGAGGAGAUCUGGCAACUCCGAACGCUCAAACUCCGAGAAGGAAGACAAGUACGACAUCUUCGACGUCUCCAACUUCGAGAAGUUUUGGCGCACACAUUUGCAGCCUGGAGGUCGCAGCAGAGAGAGCAACCUUCGAAUUGCUUCUACGUUCCUGCAACAACUCAAGCCCAUCAUUGGACCGACCAAUCUCCGACACAAAAGAGAGACGCCCUUGCCCAUUGUGAAAGAUGAUGAUGGCAACCCUUGCCGCACACAUCAAGAACUUGUCGACAGAUGGGUCAAUUUCUUUGGGGCAAUGGAAGGAGGCACCCGGAUGGACGCUGAUCAGCUUCGAGCGCAGUGGUUAUACAAUCUGGGCACCUUCAUUCCGGACAAGCUUUGCCUACAGCCCGAAGACUUGCCCACCUUGGUCGAACAGAUGAGGUCUUUCGAUCUGCUUGAGACCUAUGAUGGCCCCAACACGUCAGGACUUUUUUCCACUGAGCCUGCGGACACUGCCUCGCAACAGUAUUUGGGCCCUACAUGGAUGGAUGACCUUUGUAUCACUCUGUCAGCCUCGACUGCAGAGGACAUCGAACGCCAAGCAGGACAAGCCUGUGGCAUUUUGCUGGACACGUGCCGUCGGCAUGGGGUCUCGCCCAACCUUAGCAAAGGGAAAAGUGAGAUCCUUUUUGCCUUCAGAGGGCCUGGUUCCCGGGCGCACCGCCGAAAAUACUUUGGGCCCAGCCAGUCUGGUCGAAUGACGAUCGUCACUGAACAGGGCGUACAAGAAAUUUCAGUCGUUGGGCAAUAUCAACAUUUAGGCGGACUGGUUCAUCACAGUGGCGAGACUCGCCACGAGAUGCGAAGAAGGGCGGCGCAAGGACAUGCAGCCUUCUCCCAGCACCGCAAGGCAAUCUACCAAAACCAUCAAUUGAACCAGCGGAAGCGAAGUGAGCUCUUCCAGACGUUAGUGGCGAGCAAGGUCCUCUUUGGGAUGGAAUCAUGGACGCUUAUGGACAAGGUCAACAAGCACUAUUUCCACAGCGCCUACAUGCGACUGUACAGACGCUUGCUGAAGACCCCUCCUGCAGCUUCCUUUUCUGAUGAAGAGAUUCUCACCCAAAUUGGCCUGCCCUCACCAACCACACUUCUGCGUAUUUCGCGCUUGAGGUAUUUGGCUUUGCUCUACAAAUGUGAACAUGUGACGCCUUGGGCUGUGUUCCGCACCGACACAGAAUGGUUGACCCUCAUCCAGGACGACCUCCAAUGGCUUUGGCAUUUGAUUCAAUCAACCACGCAGCUCCCAGAUCCGGCCACUCACUUUGGUGUAUGGGAAAACGUGCUCCGCUACCAUCGUACCUACUGGAAGAGACUCUUACAAAGGGCAUCCCAGCUGGAACUACUGCACUGCGAAGAUCAGGUGCUCUUGCUCAAACUCCAUCGUGAUGCCUUCAGGAUUCUGGAGCACAAGGGCCCCUUUGCACAUCGACCACAGAUUUUUGUGCGAGCCCCUGAUCAAGCAGACGAAGUCUUCGGUUGCAUGUAUUGCUGCAAAAGAUUUCGCAGUCAUGGAGGCGAAGGAGCCCACCUAUGUAGAGCGCAUGGCAUUGUUUCGCAGCUGAGGUGGCUCUAUGAUGGCACGUCAUGCCCGGCGUGUCUACGAGAGUAUCAUACUUUUGCAAAGUUGCAACAGCAUCUCAGAGGAGCCGCGACCUGUCGUGCACUACUACAAGGGCAAAGACACUGCAGGGAACCUGCCCCAGGUAAGGGCUCUGCGGCCAACGAGCGCUUACACAACCUCCAUGAUGGCCUGCUGCCGAUCCUACAAGCCCAAGGACCAAGAGAUGACCGACGCCAACCUCGAGCCGAGGAGAACUAUGACCUCCAGCUCUUCGAGGACUUGGCCACACUAUGCUUCGAACAUCAAGACCAUCCAGACCGUGAUCUACAAGCAGCCCUCACAGCAAAGAUCCAGGAACGCCCCAUUGGUUGGACUGCCACCAGACGCACAUUGCAACACUUUGUGGACAGCCUGACUUGCACAGAUGCCGAUCUGGCCCAGCUGGACUUUGAUGAGUGGAAAAGGAUGCUUACAAUGCUUGGAGAUUUCCGUGCGUGGAGCUUCUUACGAGAAGAUCAUCAACAGGAUCCUACUGAACAUGACCUUUCUCUUGAUCAGUAUGAAGACUGGUGCACAGAGCUCCGUGCUUUUGAGACGCCUCGUGCACAAGAUUCGCAAGUCCCACGCAUUCGAUUUCAAGAACGUGUUGUGGUUCAUGCCUACUCGGGGAGGCGCCGCCACGGGGAUUUCCAGUGGUAUAUGGAGGCCAUCGCCGAGCGCAAGGACAUUAAGCACCUCUUUGUCGUAUCGCUUGACUUGGUAAUCGACCAGGAAUGGGGCGACAUUGGCCGCCAGGAAUCGUAUGAAUUCUGGACGCAUGCCAUCUACAGCGGAUACGUCAUCGGCAUGAUCGGGGGGCCACCCUGUUGCACGUGGUCUGCCGCCCGGGGCAAAACCGAUGCGAGCAUGGCACAGCUUGGUCGCACUGGACCACGGCCCAUUCGUUCAGCUGCAGAACUAUGGGGUUUCUGGUCCUUGUCCAUCCGGGAAAAGAGGCAGAUCCUGGACGGACACAGGCUCCUGGCGUUUAGUCUGAUCUGUAUGAUGCUCCUUGAGCAGGUGGAUGGAUCAGGCGUGCUGGAACACCCAUCCGAGCCGGCCGACCCGCUGAGCCCGAGCAUUUGGAAGUUACCCUUGAUGAUUCUCUUGCUGCAGCUCCCUGGCACUGUGCCUGAUAGCGGGCACCACAUCCCGACACACGUGUUGCACAGAAUCCAGGCCAUGGUAUGCACCGAUUUCGGCACUACUAUCGGCCCCGAUUGUGUCAAGGGAUGA